GGAGGGCGGGAGCCUGGAGCGCAGGCACCCAGUGGCUUCUCUUCUCCUCUGCCGCGGAGGCGGAGAAUCCCCUCCACCGCAGUUAGCACCUUGCCCACUAGCAGUGUAGACGAAGGACCCAGGCUGCCCGGAGGCCGCGACAGGGCAGCUGUUGCUCGAAGAGGCGGACAGCUGCGGAGUUCUAUAACCAUAGCAACCGCAUCCGAAGCGAGGAAGAGGCAGCGAGGGCAGCAUCUUCAUCGCUGCUCUUCCUCUAGGCAGCACCACCACCGGGGAGACCUGAGACCCAGCUAGCAGGUGCUUGGACUCCAGCCCGCUCUGCUCACCUCACCGACGCUGCAAGUACUGGCUGUUGAAGAAGGCAAGAAGAAAAGAGAAAAAGAGAAAAAAAAGAAAGAAAAAAGAAAGAAAGAAAAGAAGAGAGCAAGGCACCCAGGAGAGGUGGUCUGAGGAGGUGAGAGAGGGGAGCCCUGCAGUAGAAGACAGGUAAUGAACCAAAAAGAUCAUGUCUGAAGUACAAGGAACAGUUGAGUUUUCUGUAGAGCUACAUAGAUUUUACAAUGUGGAUCUCUUUCAGAGAGGGUAUUACCAGAUCCGAGCAACCUUGAAGGUGUCAUCAAAGAUCCCACACAGGUUGAGUGCCUCCAUUGCUGGACAGUCAGAACGCAGCAACCUGCAUUCAGCCUGUGUCCAUGAGAACACUGUGCAUAGCCGGAUCUUCCAGAUCUUAUACAGGAAUGAAGAGGUGCCCAUAAAUGAUGCUGCAAUCUUCCGAGCUCAUUUGCUCUUAGAUGGUGAAAGGGUGGAAGAGGCACUAAGUGAAGUUGAUUUUCAACUCAAGGUGGAUCUGCACUUUACGGACAACGAACAACAACUGAGGGAUGUGACUGGGGCACCCGUAAUCAGCACCCGUACACUGGGCCUACACUUCCAUCCCCGGAGAGGUCUGCACCACCAGGUCCCUGUCAUGUUUGACUAUUUCCACCUGUCAGUGAUCUCAGUAACCAUCCAUGCAGCUCUCGUGGCUCUCCAGCAGCCCCUGAUCAGUUUUACUCGUCCAAGAAGAGGCUCCUGGCUUGGUAAAGUUGGCCCAGACUCAGGAUCAGAUCAGUCUAGUCUCUCUCUGGAAAACCUGGUCUUUGGAGCUGGAUACUGCAAACCAACUUCCUCAGAGGGGAGCUUCUAUGUGCCCUCCGAGAACCGCAUGCAGCACGCUUACAAGUGGCACCGCGAGAUGUGCUUCCUGCUCUUGCACUCCUACAGGGGACUCCAUACUUAUUUUCUGCUCAUCAUGCGGGAUGUCCCAAAGCUGCCUCAUGUUGAGUUGGAAUCCCUUGCCGUUGAAGAAACACUCUCUCGACUGUGCUCAGGGUUACAAGUGUUGAACAAUCCAGAAAAGAUAGCUGAACAGAUAAGUAAGGAUCUCUCCUGGCUCACCUCCCACUUGAUGGCUCUGUGGACUCAGUUUCUAGACACAGUGACUCUUCAUUCCCAAGUGACCACUUACCUUACCCAGGAACAUCACACCUUGAGGGUCAGAAGGUUUUCUGAAGCCUUCUUUUAUAUGGAGCACCAAAAGCUUUCAGUUCUGACCUUUCAGGAAAACCUAAUACAGAACCACAGCCAGAUGUCCCUGGAUGUCCGGAAUUCAGAGUACCUCACCACCAUGCCCCCAUUACCAGCAGAGUGCCUGGACAUAGACGGUGACUGGAACACCCUGCCUGUUAUCUUUGAGGACAGAUACGUAGAUUGUCCCGCAACAGGCCAUAAUUUAAAUAUUCAUCCUAAUUUUGAGGUCCCCGUGACAAGUACGGCAAUAGAGAAUGUCAGAGACAAAGAAGAGAAUGCUAUUGUUAACAAGAAGUCCUCUUUCAGGGAAGGCCUUGUCUCGUCUACCAUAAACUCACCCCAGACAUACUCUGAUGACAAAGUCACUCCAUGUUGUGAGCCAGAUGAGACUGUAGCCCCACCACUUGAUGCAGAUGUGCUUUCAGAAUCUCAGGUGUAUCUGACCAUCGGAGAAUUCCAAAACAAAACAGAGACUUCUAAAGAUGAAUCUUGGUCUAGCCAAAAGUCUAAUGCUGGAACACAUCAAACAGCUGAGAUGGACCUUCCCAGAAGGAAUCCAGGUUCAGAAGAUGGCCAGACCUCAGUGCUGACCUACAUUGAUGUGAAAUCUAGCAAUAAAAACUCCUGCAAAGCUGAGCCCACAGUGGUCAUUAGUGUUCAGCGUGAAAGUGGGUACUCCGCAGAUAACACUCAGUCAGACAGAACUGUGUCAGGUAAAGGUGUAAUGGGUAGAUGUCAUCAAAAUGCCAACUCUCCAGAGAAAACAGUGUCCCAUGAGUUAAGUAGCCAAGGACAAGGAACUGACCAAGAGAGUAAAAUGGUGUUGCAAAGUCUGAAGCUCACCCCUUCUGAGUCCUGUGAUCCAAUAAGUUCUACUUUGAGGGAUCCUUUGGAUAUUAGGGUUUCCCUGAAGGACUCUCAUAUAGAGAAACAGGAGGGAAUGUCCAUGCUUUCUGGAGUCAUCAAGAGAUCUUCUUCCCUCAUCUCUGAUUCAGGGAUUGAGAGUGAGCCGAGCUCUGUUGGCUGGUCUGAGGCCCGCAGCAAGGCUCUGGAAUUACCCAGUGACCGGGAAGUCUUGCACCAGCUGGUGCGAAGACACGCCCUGCACAGGAACUCCUUAGAAGGUGGACACACAGAGAGCAACACCAGCUUGCCAAGUGGGAUCCAGGCUUCUCUCACCUCCAUUAGCUCUUUGCCUUUUGAAGAGGAGGAGCGAGAGUUGGCACUCACCAAACUGACCAAAUCUGUAUCUGCUCCCCAAAUCAGUAGCCCAGAAGAGUCUGCUGAUGAUACAGACACCAUGCAGCAAGGUGUGGGGGCUCCAGAAGUCUUGGAGGUGAAUCUCAAGAGCAUAGACCCUCCAAAAGACUACUCUCAACUUCACGGUGACACUAUGAUCCCUGACUCUAGGAUGCAACAUUCUUUUGUGGAAGUAGUUUUAGAUACAGACCAUCAGCAGGGCCAUGCAUAUAUAGAUAUCUCCCAAAGUAAAGAGAAUCACUCUGAUCCUCAAGAACCCUGUCACCUUGAUGGCAGGACUGAAAAUCCUCCAGGUAUUGAAGCCAAAGGUCUUAAUUUAAAAAUACCACGGGUCAUAGCACUUGAACAUCCCAAGAAGAAAUCUCUUCCUCGGACAGUCACGGAGACCUCAAAGGCCAUGUGCAAUGACUUGAAUGUGGGAAGAGUAGAGCUUUCCAACAGCAGCACCGCAGAUGCUGAUAGUACUGCUCACCGUCAGAUGCCUGGAUCAGGCUGUCCAUCAGCUGCUCAUCCCCUCAGCCUGGAGUCACUGAGUGAGGAGAGACUCUCACCUGGUAUCUUUGAUGCCACAGCAUUUAGUAAAAAAGUUAAUGCCUUCCUGAAGGUUGGGCAUGAUGCAGGUGCUGUGUGCUCCUCUAUGAUUUCUUCACUUCCCUCCCAGGUUUUGGGAAACCAAGACCCAAGGGCAUGCACGUCCAUCACAGCGCCCCACCUCAACCCUACAGAGACCUACACCCGGGACAGCAUGAAGACUGUGGAGGUCGUCAACUUAUCUGUGUAUUGCACUGCCACAUGUCUCCCUUUCUCAUCUGUACCUAAGGAGACACCAGCCAGGGCUGGAUUCUCUUCCAAACAGACCCCAUUUCCAAUCACUCAUCAACCUUUGGGUUCCUUUGGCGUUGUUUCCACCCAUUCCAGUAAGGUGGAGGAAGAAGUCAGUGAAAGGAUGUUUAGUUUUUAUCAGGCCAAAGAGAAAUUUAAAAAAGAACUGAAGAUUGAUGGAUUUCUGUACAGUGACUUAUCUGUACUAGCUUCUGACAUACCAUAUUUCCCACCAGAGGAAGAGGAAGAAAAUUUGGAAGAUGGGAUUCACCUGGUUGUCUGUGUCCAUGGCCUGGAUGGAAACAGUGCGGACCUUCGACUAGUAAAGACUUUCAUAGAACUGGGACUCCCUGGAGGAAAACUGGACUUCUUAAUGUCUGAAAAGAAUCAGAUGGACACAUUUGCAGAUUUUGACACCAUGACGGAUCGGUUAUUGGAUGAAAUCAUUCAGCACAUUCAGCUGUACAACCUCUCCAUAUCCCGCAUUAGCUUCAUUGGCCAUUCCCUUGGCAACAUCAUCAUUCGAUCUGUCCUAACAAGGCCCAGGUUCCGGUAUUACCUCAGAAAACUUCAUACAUUCCUGUCAUUGUCUGGACCUCACUUAGGGACCCUGUACAACAACAGCACCCUGGUUAGUACAGGUCUGUGGCUUAUGCAGAAGUUGAAGAAAUCUGGCUCCCUCUUGCAGCUGACCUUUAGGGACAAUGCUGAUCUCCGUAAAUGUUUCCUCUACCAAUUGAGCCAAAAAACAGGGCUGCAGUAUUUUAAAAAUGUUGUGCUGGUAGCUUCUCCUCAAGACCGUUAUGUGCCAUUUCACUCAGCCAGGAUCGAAAUGUGUAGAACUGCCCUCAAAGACAGACACACAGGGCCAGUAUAUGCAGAAAUGAUUAACAACCUACUUCGCCCUUUGGUGGAAGCCAAAGACUGCACUUUAAUCAGGCACAACGUGUUCCAUGCUUUGCCCAACACUGCCAACACCCUAAUUGGACGAGCAGCUCACAUUGCUGUACUGGAUUCAGAACUCUUCCUAGAGAAGUUUUUCUUGGUGGCAGGACUCAACUAUUUCAAGUAGUGACUUAGAAAGAAUGGGCCUUGGGUAGUUUGACAGAAAUGAUUAAUAAGAUCUGUUGAGAGCUUUCGCUGAGACACUCUUUUGUAGACCUCUGCCAUUCCAUUGGAACUCAAAAACAAAGAGCAAGAGGGGAUAGAUGGUGGAAGAGGAUAGGACAUUUGAGAGGCUCUUUCAUUUGUAUCUUUGGGAAAGUUGAACAAGUCAUGUAAAAGAUAGAAGACUUUACCUGAACCAAACCUGUAUAGCUACAAUUAAAAAGGCUUUCUAGGAAGAGCAUAAGGAAAAAAUACAUGGAGUUGGUAACCCAUACUUUGAAUCACCAUUGUCUCACAGAGGGCUUUUUCCAUUACACUUGACUUGUCCAGUAUGUUAUGUACUCAUAGCUUUAUCAUUUUGAUUAAAUUAUGUACACACACAAA